UUGCUCUGAAAGGGUGGACGGUAUCAACUUCCAGGGCAAACUUUGCUGAAAACUCCUGCUCCUCCUUCUAGAAUGUCUCCACCAAUCAAAGAAAGGCUCUCUGGGAAGUCUCGCUUUUCCACCUGUCAGAAUAUGGCUCCCUCUUUGUUUGGCUACUUCCGGACUACAGCAGAUAUGAGAGUUCAAGUUUCAUGCAGCUCCUCUAGGACAGGGGUCUGCCCUCAUCUCUAGCUGGGCCCGGAUCUGUCACUUUGAUGGAUUGCUCUCUGUAGGAAAUCCUGAGUGCUAAAACAUCCACCAAAACUGAUGCUAGCCCUGGUCACCAUGGAGAUAUUACUGAGUGCUAGGUGUUUUCAGCGCCUGGUGAUUCUGCGUUCUGUGAGACAGUUGCAUAAAGAUCACAGGACGGUGACCCCUCAGAAUUUUUCCAGCUAUGAAUCUAUGAAACGGGACUUCAAGCUGCAGGUUCCAGAGUAUUUCAACUUUGCUAAAGAUGUCCUGGACCAGUGGACCAACAUGGAAAAGGCUGGAAAGAGACCUUCCAACCCAGGCUUCUGGUGGACCAAUGGAGCUGGAGAAGAAGUGAGAUGGAGCUUUGAGGAGCUGGGGUCUUUGUCCAGGAAACUGGCCAAUGUACUUACAGAGGCCUGCAACCUGCAAAGGGGGGAUCGCGUAAUUGUGAUUCUGCCCCGGAUCCCAGAGUGGUGGCUUGCAAAUGUCGCCUGCCUGCGCACAGGGACCGUUUUCAUUCCCGGAACCACUCAGCUGACCCAGAAAGACAUCCUCUACAGACUGCAAUCCUCACAAGCUAAAUGCAUCAUCACCGAUGAGACUGUCGCCCCAGGAGUGGAUGCGGUGGCUUCUAAGUGUGAAAACCUGCACGCCAAGCUCCUUGUGUCUCAGCACCCCAGAGAGGGCUGGGGGGACCUCAAGGAGAUGAUGAAACACGCCAGCGACAGCCACACCUGUGUGAAGACAAAACACAAUGAGACGAUGGCCAUUUACUUCACCAGCGGGACAAGUGGGUCUCCUAAGAUGACCGGACACACCCACGGCAGUUUUGGUUUAGGAUUAUCUAUAAAUGGAAGGUUCUGGCUAGAUUUGACACCCUCAGAUGUGAUGUGGAAUAACUCGGACACAGGCUGGGCCAAGUCCGCGUGGAGCAGUGUCUUUUCGCCAUGGACCCAGGGGGCAUGUGUAUUUGCACAUUAUCUGCCGCGGUUUGAGCCCACGUCCAUCUUGCAAACUCUCUCCACAUUUCCCAUCACGGUCUUCUGUUCGGCGCCCACUGCAUACCGGAUGCUCGUACAGAAUGAUCUGACCAGCUAUUCGUUCAAAAGCUUAAAGCACUGCGUGAGUGCCGGGGAGCCGAUCAACCCUGAAGUGACUCAACAGUGGAGAGACGGGACAGGUCUGGAUAUCUACGAAGGGUAUGGACAGACUGAAACGGUGCUCAUCUGUGGAAAUUUUAAGGGAAUGAAAAUUAAGCCUGGCUCAAUGGGAAAGCCUUCUCCUGCUUUUGACGUUGAGAUUUUAGAUGUAAAUGGCAAUGUUUUACCUCCCGGACAAGAAGGAGAUAUUGGCCUUCGAGUUCUACCCAACCGGCCACUAGGCCUUUUCACCCACUAUAUAGACAAUCCUACAAAAACAGCUUCAACUCUACGAGGCAAUUUCUACCUUACGGGGGACAGAGGCUACAGGGAUGAAGAUGGCUAUUUCUGGUUUGUUGCGAGAUCGGACGAUAUCAUAUUAUCCUCUGGUUACCGAAUUGGGCCAUUUGAGGUAGAAAGUGCUCUUAUUGAGCAUCCUGCCGUGGCCGAGUCAGCUGUUGUCGGCAGUCCAGACCCCCUCAGAGGAGAGGUAGUAAAGGCUUUUAUUGUUCUGAACCCCGAUUACAACUCACAUGACCAAGAAUGCCUAAAAAAGGAGAUUCAGGAGCAUGUAAAAAAAAUGACAGCACCUUACAAAUACCCCAGAAAGGUAGGUAUUCGAAUCAUGAUGAAUAUUUGCGUAGUGUUGUGGAACAUCUCAGCUGUUUAUUUUCUCUAUUUUAAUGAACAGUCUCCUCAAACAUGCUACACCAAAUGUUCCAAAUGGAGCUGAUGACAUGGAUAAUGAAACUCUUGAUCUAAUUUGUUGGGCCAUUUGGCUCAGCAGACUUGUAGUAAAUCUUAAAUGUCAAGAAAAAUCUCAACAGUACCCCUCUCCCUUUUCGGUUCUUAUCAAAAAUCCACCCCAAUGUGUGUCCUAAUUCUUGGACCUGGAGGUAUAACAGAACUGCUACAUAAUUGACUUUGUCUAAAGAUGAAAACUCCUGAACUCAUUUUCUUCCCUUAAUACCAACAGCUAGAAUUUGUUCAAGAGCUGCCAAAGACUAUCAGUGGGAAGAUAAAGAGGAAGGAACUGAGGAAGAAAGAAUGGGAAACCUCUUAAAUCCAUUCUAUUAAUUACCACAGUAUCUAUAAAACAAAUACCAUCAACUGCUGAGGAAUUUUUAAAUACAGUACAGAAGCAGUUUCUGAACUAAAUUUCUGACUUGUUGAUUUUCAAAUCUUAGUUGAAUAAUUCUUCUGAUAUGUCUAUAUACAAAUCAAAACCAAUCUUCAAGCGUUGAAACAAAACUAAACAACUUAUAAAAGUUUUUAGAGACAUAAAAAAUGUCAGUUGGACUGUGUAUAGUGUAGGUGGGUACUAGACUAGUCAGGGGGAUCACUUCUUAAAUUAUAUAAACGCCUAACCACUAUGCUGUGCACCUGAAAUUAAU